AUGAACUAAAGAGAGGAACAGCGCGCCCCCGAGCGUACACAAAGUCCGUGUGCUGACCACAGUUGUCAUCUUGAACAUGUUACGGAAAUUACAGGCGCUCUGCAAUGCAUUGUUUUCCAUCGAUGAGAUGAAAAAACCGUGAACGCAAUUCUGUCCGUGCACGGGCAUUAACAUGACGAACUUUCGGCUGGCUUUGAAGGAAGCGAGCUUAUGGGUUCCGGUGACGAACUGCUUUUUCGCUGUCAGGAAACUCACUGCGCUAAAGAUUCAUUCUAGCAUCUGCUGUUUAUCACCAUCAACAUCACGACAAUGCUUGGACUAAUGUCGCCUAAAGAUCCCAUCUCCUGCUCAGUAUCGCCAAAUUCGCUUGUACGGCCAUCUGGGAGCGUGUUUUUCGCACUUUCUCCGAGUUUUAACUUUCGCUGAGUUUAACCGUCAUCAACGGAAAGGGGAAUUUGUUCUCGAAGUUCAAGUAGCCGCUGACUGGAACGCGCACGCUCUUUUGUCCAGAUCUUCGACAGUGCGAUUCCUGUGCGGUCAUCCUCAAACGUUUUUUGGUUUUAAAGUGGAUCCACGAAGGCUGCUUUCACAGUCACAUGCCUUCAUUCAUAAUCUUUUGUCGCAGAAUAAUGCGGAGAUUGUCCAAGCAUCGAGCUGAGGGCUCAUUUUCUGGUUUAUUUGGCUUUACGAAGUUGUUACGCACGGGAUUCAUCAACACACACGGACUGUUACCGAAUCGCCUUUCAAUAAAAAAGAAGUGAAAAGUCGUGCGGUGAGCUGGCCAGACACAUCGACGGAGGGGAAAAUAUGCAAACCUAGCAGGAAAAGAAGCCAUCAAAAUUACGGAAAUCCUUUCUUUUCCUCCAGUCUGCUAUUACAGAAUGCAUUCUAAGUAAGCUGCUCGCUUAACGUUAUAUGUGCAUCAUUUGUCUCGUUUUAAUACCUUUUGGACGUGAAGUUUAAUAUUCAGAUUUAUUUUGAACUCUCCAUGCAGUAGUUAUGCUGUCUACACAAAGCUAUACAGACAUGUCGCUUGACGAAACGUCAAAAUUUCCUUCGUAGUCAGUAGAUUGCUACUUUCUCUCAGCAUUAACUGGAAAUUACGUUUUUUUUUUGUAUAUAAGAGGUGUCUUGACUCGUCUGAGGAAUAAGUUUGAUGGAUGAUAUGGGAGACCCUCAGGGGUCUGCGCGCCUGAAAGCGCGUUAGCAAUGGCAGCGGCCUGGACCUCUAUGGACAGUCAUAUUACAUUAAUUGUACCUGUUGCGUUUGUCUUCACGAUAUACAUCGAGUUUCUGAAGACAGGACGGAAAGUGACUCUGUGAAGCCCCCUCCUUCACCUGCGUGCAGUUCAGGAAGAACAGAUAACGUCUUUGAAGGACAACAGAAGGUUACUAGGCCAUUGAUGGGUGACACUAGAGGACGGUGUGUGUGAGGACCUUCAGACCUGAACUCCCAUCAAGAGCACACACAUUCAAACCGGCAAAAUGAAUGAGAGACAGGCUCUCCAUUCAAUUAUGAAGGAUCUGGUGGCCCUGCAGAUGACCAGGCGCCAGCCGGCGUCAACUUAUGACACGGCAAAACCUAAACCUGUCAGCACUGCCAGCUCUUCCAAAAGAAUGGAGGAUGUCAGGAUUAAGUUUGAGUUCUGUGGUGAAAGAAGGAUCCUGAUGUUUGGGCGGCCUGUGCAGUUCGAGGAAGUCCAGCAGAAAGUCAAAACAUUCUUCGGUCAGCAGUUAGACCUGCAUUAUAUGAAUAAUGAGCUGUCCAUUCCCCUGCGUGGUCAGGACGACUUGGAUAAAGCCAUUGAUCUGCUGGACCGCAGCUCAAACAUGAAGAGCAUCAAGAUCAUGCUGCUGACACAGGAACAAAGCAAUGCCUCUUCUCCAUCUCAUCACACAGUGUGCAAGCAGGUUCGCAUCAAAACCUCUCAGUCCACCGGUGAUGUCAGUACUGCCUACCAAUCCUCAGAAACAAGAGGACGCCACCACUCCACCAGCUCUCAGAACACUGGGCGAAGUUCUCCUCCUCCUGGUUACGUUCCUGAGCGGCAGCAGCGAAUUGCACGUCAGGGAUCAUACACCAGCAUCAAUAGCGAGGGGGAGUUCAUACCUGAAACCAGCGACCAGUGUGUGCUGGAUCCCUGGAGCAGUGCUGAAAACUCGGUGUCCGGCAGCUGUCAGUCAUUGGACAGCAACUCUGACAGUCCAUCACUCAGGAAACCUCGUACACACAGGGUGAAGAGUUACCCUGACAAUCGACAGGACUGUGCAGACCGGGAAAACCACGUGUAUGAUAAGAUUGUAGGGAAGGGAGGGACGUACCCUCGCAGGUAUCAUGUGUCGCUACAUCAUAAAGACCACAGCGAAGGUCGACGGACAUUUCCACGGAUCCGUCGUCCACAGGGAAACUUGUUCACGUUGGUGCCGUCACGGCGUUCGCUGAACGGCAGUGAGGAGAGUUUGGGGAGCUGGCAGCUGGUUGAUACUCAAGCCAGACUCCGUCCACAGGACCGCCCAGUCCCUCAUAAGUCCCCCACAGCUCCAGUGACGUGGCGUAGAGGGAAGUUGCUGGGUCAGGGUGCUUUUGGAAGGGUUUACCUGUGCUAUGAUGUGGACACAGGCAGGGAACUUGCAGCAAAACAGGUUCAUUUUGACCCUGCCAGUCCAGAGACCAGCAAGGAGGUGAGCGCUUUAGAGUGUGAGAUACAGCUGUUGAAGAACCUGCAUCACGAACGAAUCGUUCAGUACUAUGGCUGCCUUAGAGACCAUAAUGAGAAGACCCUCACUAUUUUCAUGGAGUAUAUGCCUGGGGGUUCAGUCAAAGACCAGCUGAAGGCUUAUGGGGCUUUGACAGAGAAUGUGACACGCAAGUAUACCAGACAAAUUCUGGAGGGCAUGUCAUACUUGCACAGCAACAUGAUCGUCCACAGAGACAUCAAAGGUGCCAACAUCCUGCGAGAUUCAGCUGGGAAUGUUAAGCUGGGAGAUUUUGGCGCCAGUAAACGGCUUCAGACCAUCUGUAUGUCCAGCACUGGAGUCCGUUCUGUUACUGGAACGCCGUACUGGAUGAGUCCAGAGGUCAUCAGCGGAGAGGGGUACGGCCGGAAGGCAGAUGUUUGGAGUCUCGGCUGCACUGUGGUGGAGAUGUUGACAGAAAAGCCUCCGUGGGCUGAAUUCGAGGCCAUGGCAGCCAUAUUUAAGAUCGCCACUCAGCCCACCAACCCCCAGCUGCCCUCCCACAUCUCCGAGCACACGCGGGACUUCCUCCGAUGCAUCUUCGUGGAGGCCAAAUACAGGCCAAGUGCAGAGGAACUGCUCAGACACCCCUUCUCCCAGAUCUUGUGCUGAAGAGGUCCAUCUAGCUGCUUCCACGGGUUAAAAACCCUCAGUUUCUUUGCUCAGAGAGUGAUAAGCUCAGUUUCAAAGGCAAUCGGCGUUUCCAGAGCGUGUGACCUGCCAGCACCCAAUCCGCUGUUGCGUGGAUCAGGUCACAAAACUGGUUUCUUCUCUAAUGUGAUGUCUUUGGGACAACAGGGGGCGCCACAGGGCUUUCGUGUCACACACGCUCUUUAUUCCAGGAAUAAAUGUGUCACAGGAUGAGCAGAUGCAACAAACACAAUACAGUUUGAACCACUGAGCUGCUUCAAACUGGACUUUUUCUUACAACAGCUGCCAAAUGUGCCUUCCAAAGCCAACAGGGAGAGUUUUUCAGACAUCAAGAAAGUCUCCUAGUAAUGAAUGUUUCAUAGUCCACAGCAGAGUUAUGAAGGCAGUGUUUUAUGUGCCAUUUCCCCUUUCACACGGAUUCCCGUGUGCGCCCAUUGUCUCUAUGACUCCAGGCACUUAGUGUUAAAGGAAACGUAAUAAUCGUCUCGGUUUGUUCCUGCCUCAGACGAUUGAGGGUCUUACGCACGUCAGUCUCGAAUGGCUUGCAUUCGUGAUUAAUCUCAUAUAUUGAUUAAUCUUCGUAGAAUUGCACUUCCUUGAUUUGUAGCUUGUCAGAACUGUUUUAGUCUGUUACAGAAAGCAGCUUAAAAGGUCAGAUGCCGAGGGUCAUGGCAUGAGGUUAUAGUGUUGUAGUGAAAAUGUGCUUCGGUUGAAGUGUAAUACGUAGUUUUGUAGCGCAGUAGUGCCUUAUAGUGUCCUGUAGAGAGCAGCAGUACAGUACUUAAGAUGCAGCUAGUCUCACUAAUAGUAUUCCCAUAGUGAUGAGAUGUUAAAUUGGGAAUCUCGUAAGGUGUUUUAUCAGUUAUUUUGGGUGUGGCGAGAUAUUGAGAGCACAUUAGGAUGUAUAUUAGUUUUCUCUCCAGCCCAGCCAAAGAAAAUGUAUUAAGAAAGUGUUGUGCCUUAAAGUGUCGUUUGGCAGUUUAUUGGACUCAUUUGGAUCAGAUGCACUUUUGUUAAAUGAAUGUUGAAUUUGCCAAAUUGUUCAUUUGUUACACAGAAUGUGAAGCCUUUUUCACUUUUAUUUAUAUCCCAAUGUUCAGCCAUUUUUAUAUACGAGUAUAUAUAUAUGUAUAAAUCUAUUUUUAUAUAGUGACUCUGAACCGAGUUAUGCUUUUAGGAACAGAAGAUGAGUUAGAAACAAGAAUUGUAACAGCAGCUGGUUUUGCCGAGACUACAACAUGAUUUUACAUGUGUUUAUUACUGGCUGGAAAUUGAGCUCUGGCGAUUUAUGCCGCGCCUGAUCUGUGCAAGUCACAAGUCCUCUGUACUCAUGUUUUUAUAAGUGUUUAUUGUGUGUCUGUUUCUGUUUAUCUGUCUGCUUUUUCACCCGAGUCUCAUGCAGACAGGAUUUUGACGCAGGUUGUCACAGGAAGUGACCAGUGCCUUGAAUCUUUCUCAGAAAUGCAUGUACACACCGAUAUUCACACUUGCUGCCACAAGGGCUUGCACAGAUAAAUGCCUUUAUGUAUUCAGAGAUGCAGUGUUGGAAAGAAAAAUAAGGUGUGUAAAAGAAAGAGUUAAUGAGAUAAAGAGAAAUGUUAAGAAAAAGAAAUGGAAUGGUAUUAAGGUUGAUGUAAACUACGGCUUGGGGGUCAGUAAGAUUUUUAUGAAUAAAAUAAUUUAACAAGGAUGCAUUAAAUUGAUCAAAAGUGACAGUAACUAUAUUUAUAAUUUUACAAAAUGUUUCUAUUUCAAGUUUUUUUUCACUUUCUAUUCAUCAAAGAACCUGGUUUCCAUAAAAAUGUUAAGCAACAACUGUUAAAUUCUGUCAUUAAUUACUCACCCUCAUGUCGUUCCUAACCUGUAAGACCUUUGUUCAUCUUCAGAACACAAAUGAAGAGUUUUCUGACCCUGCAUAGACAGCAACGCAACUGACAUGUUCGUGACCCAGAAAGGUAGUAAGGACAUUGUUAAAAUAGUCCAUGUGACAUCAGUGGUUCAACCGUAAUUUUAAGAAGCUGCGAGAGCAUUUUGUGAUUUUGUGCGCAAAAAUAAUGACUUUAUUCAAAAA